AACUGACAAGUUUCAUUAGAAAACCCCAAAAAAAGACAUGAAAAAACCAAAAAAAUAUGAUAAAUAAAAAAUAAAAUAAAAAUUGAUAAAAAGAUGCGCGACUCGAAAUGUGACUUGUUGAUGAUAAAGCCGCGUGUAUCUAACCAUACAUCAAAAUGUGAGUUCAAGUCUGCAACAAGUUUAGAAGUGAAAGCAUCAUCUAUAAUAAGCAGUUGUAGGAUCUGCCUGUCUUCGUUGCUAGACCCCGCGGUCUUAACGUGCGGUCACAGGUUCUGCGAGAAGUGCCUCAAUCAGUACUGGCGUAUACGGGACAAGCCGGACUACAUCGUCUGUCCGCUGUGCCGUGCCUGCGCCUUUAAUGUUGAUUUUGCUAAGAGAGAAGAAAGAGCAUCAACAGAGGACUUCAGAAAAAUGUUCACGGAGAUGUCAAACAUCAGUGAUUAUAAUGUGAACAAUGCUGUAAUACUAUGUCUCAAGCUAAGUGUGCUGAUGCCUGCAAUCUAUUGGCUGGUGAAGUGGCUCAAACUGCCUCUAAUAGAUCUCUUCACCAACAUACAUCACAAAUUGAUAAGUAGACUGUGAAUAUGUUUGUACUGUUCAUAAUUUAUAUGCUGAAUAAGGUAUAUGUACAAACUUUACUAUUUCAUGUUCUAUAAAGAUGUUAAAGUGUAUGUACUUGUUAGUGCUAUACUGAAACUGAUACAUACACACUUUUUGAAACUAGAAAUUUUAAUUUUCUCUUCCUUAGAUACAGAUUGAAGUUUUGAGUAUAUUCAACUGAGCAAUUUCAAGUAGUAGAGGUUUGGUGACCAGUAUGCAAUACAGCUAUCUGAACUGAUAAUUGUAUUUGAGGAAUUCGAUAUUCUUAUGGGAUAACCCGGUAAACGAGCACACGGAUCACCUG